AAACCUUUUUUACCAACGUUGAUCAAGUUCCUCGAUGUGUUUCACUUCACCUUAAUAGUAGUAAAUUUACUCCGAUCGAAGCAGCGGUGGCAACUGGAUUCCGCGCUCUUCUGAAGCCGCCAUAAAUUACCAUAAAUGAUUACGUUGACGAAUCGUCUGAUGUGUUUAUUGUUACAACCGCAACGUGUAUGUUCCUACCUCUUGAAGAGGUCCUGUGUUCCUUUUAACGUGUUUUGAGGUUAUAUUUUUAAUACUUACCUAUAUUUAUAUCUGCGCCAGAGCUUGGAAUUUACUAAGUAAGGUGUCACAUUUUUUACUAUUGAGAUCGUCGGGUGAGAAUUGGAGCAUAUAUGCAAGCUUUGAAUUGAAUAUAAAAGAUACAUCGCUCGCAUGAAGUCGUUAAUUUUAUAUGGAUGAUUCCACAUCGGCAUAAUAGUUUCGUCGUGUCGUAGACAAUGGCCAAAGAGGAGGGCAGGAUUGAAUUUGUGACGGAUCCUUGCCCCAUUAAACCUCGCAAAAUUGGUCCACAGAAUCUUGUCAUAAGGCUCAGACGGAGGGAAACACUUGGUUGUUUGUACCCAGGAACCCAAAUCAUCGAUGCGAGGCAGUUUUAUCAAAACAUCUACCCUAAUUUCACUGUUGUCAAUGUUGAAAAGCCUCUAUGCUUUCUUAGGAAAUUCAGUCCCGAUGGAAAAUAUUUAAUUGCCUUUAGUGCCGAUCAAACAUCCAUUGAAGUGUACGAGUAUCGGGGUGCUUCCGCAGCUGCAGACUUAUUAGUCGAUUGUAAAGGAGAAUAUGUGGGACAUAAGCACGACUCCCACUCCUGUUUCAUCAGAAGCAAUAUAUUUAACAGAUUCUUUAAGAUCAAAUGGAUCGUAAAUCUGGUGCACAGUAACGGACAACUGAAUCGAGAGUGCAGUUUAUUUACCGAAGACGGGCGCUACGUUAUUGUUGGAUCGGCUGCUUAUGUUUCCGAGAUCAGCCCUUAUUUCUAUCAGAUUUACUCCAAUAACGAAGCACUGACUCCAAAUCCUCGAUUACCUCUCGAAGAUUACAGCCUUUACUUAGUUGAUCUGCAUCAUGGAAUAUUUCGUGAUAGCAGACAUUUCAAAGUCGACAAGAUUUAUUUGUCGCAUAAUAAAGGUCUAUAUUUGUACAAAAACAUAUUAGCGGUGCUUUCUGUACAGCAUCAAACCAUUCACAUAUUUAAGAUUGUAAAUGGUACGAUAAUAAAUGUCCGGAAAAUCGGCAGGUUUUGUUUGGAAGACGAUGCUUACCUAGUCACAAGUACCUGGCCUGGAGCAAAUUUCAGACCCUUUCGAGACGUUACCAUAAAUAGCCUUAAACAUAAAUUAUUAGUGUAUCUGUAUAAAAGAGCAGAAUAUAUAAGCAAUUUGACAAAAGAUCCCUACGAGCUCAGGCGAUUUUACCAAUACUUCGAUCAGUUAAAUGCACUGCGCAUGUGGAAAAUGCAGCUAUUAGAUACUGAUCACAUCUUAGUGAGAUAUGCUAGCGAGGAAGUUGCAACGUUACAAGCAAACGAUCCCAAUGCACAGCCUGCUCUCUUGGUAGUCUACGAUAUGGUAGCUGCAAAAAUUCUAGCAGCCUAUGACAAUACAUCCACCCAACUGUUGACUCAAUUUGAAAACUUUGGGGAUUUCUUCAGCACCGACUACUGCCAGUUUAUGUGCUCUCCAUCGAAUAAUAUUUAUGCAAGAUUAAUGAGGCAGAGAUUCAAGCAAACGAUAGUCAGUGCCAGGUACGGAGGCAUUACGGAAGCUACAAAGAGGCUGUUGGCUCUACUACCAAUAUGUGCGCAGUCGUAUUCCAGUUCCCCUUACUUAGAUUUGUCCUUAUUUUGUUACGAUCCCAAAUGGGUGUCUAUGUUGGAAAGGCCGAAAGCUUGCGGGGAACACCCUAUAAGGUUCUAUGCUCGUGAUUCCGGGCUUCUAAAAUUCCGAAUGUACGCUGGUAUACCAGGGAAAACAACUCCUCUGGUCGAGAGACAACUAGUUACGUUCACGUUCCAUCCAACGGAUCCUUUUACUAUCUCAGUCCAGCGGACCAAUGACAGAUACAUUGUUAACUUCCACGUUCAACAUUUGUGAAGAGAAGAAAGUACUCCCUGACGAAUCAUGGACAUGAUUAAGAUAAUAAGAAACUUGUUGAGGGAUGUGCAAAAGUAUAUAUAUAUAACCUGCAAGUUUUUCUUUAUCACAUUCUGGCUGUAAAAUGUAUCAAUUCAUGGGUCACCAGCCAUGCGAAUCCAUUUCCAAGAAUGUUCUGACUACGAGCGUGACUCUGCUGCUCGAUAAAUUUGCAGAGAUCUUUUGUACCAACAAACUGUUAUUUAAAUACUUUAUUGUUUUGGUGUAUCCGAAAUCGUUACGUUCCUGUGGGCCUGUCAUAAAUUAAAUAACCAACAACGUGCAAUAGAACAAACCAGAUAUAAGGGAUCAAGCGUUAGAAAGAAAAGGAAGUAAUUGUACUUAACACGUAUCGUUUUCUAAACUUGCCUGUACAGUGGAAUGGGCUGUGGGAUAAAUUCAUCCACGUAAUCCUAUAAGCAUCUGACAAGGAUUCAUCUGAGCUAUCUCUAUAAGACUGGAUAUAAAAGCUUGUAUAUCGAUUCUACAGAACCUCGUGUAAAACCUGUAAUUUUGUAAUAACUAUUUUCCAUGUACCACUUUACAUUCAAUCGAAUUUGUUCGUAAAUAAAUUCCAUACUCACCAAGA